UUUAAUUCAGAUUAGAACGAGACAACGACAUUUCUAUUUACUUCUAUUUUAUACGCUAUCUCGUUCUGUCACACCCUCUUGGGCCUCUUGUCAUUUGUCACGACGGGUAGAUAUCGCCUGUGAAACGAAAAUUUCCUUGUAGAAAGGAAUAACCGAGGCAAAGAUAACCACCAGACAGAACACAAUGCCGGAACUCACCGAGCUGGACAAGGCCACCGCCUCCAUGACUGAGAAGAGGAAGGAGGAGACCGCUUCAUCAGACUCCGAUUCUGAUGACACCAUCCCAGAGCUGGAAGAUGCUGGAGCGCCCGGCACUGGUGGAAUCUCAAACCCGAUCGCUGGCAUCGACAUCAUCUCCAAGGCCAAGCAGUCCCGAGGAGAGAAGAAGGCCCGCAAAAUUAUGAGCAAACUUGGUCUUAAGCCUGUAUCCGGAGUAAACAGGGUGACCAUCCGCAAAUCCAAGAACAUCCUCUUCGUGAUCAACUCCCCGGACGUGUACAAGAACCCCCACUCGGACACCUACAUCGUGUUCGGAGAGGCCAAGAUCGAGGACCUGAGCCAGCAGGCCACCAUGGCUGCCGCGGAGAGGUUCAAGGCACCAGAGAGCGCUGCUGCCGGCAAUGACAGCGCUAGCGCGGGCACGACAGUAGCACCGAUCGCCGAGGAAGAAGACGAGGAAGGCAUCGACGAGUCCGGCGUGGACGAGAAGGACGUAGAGAUAGUGAUGUCUCAGGCCAACGUCAGUCGGGCCAGAGCGGUGCGGGCGCUGCGCAACAACCAGUCGGACAUCGUCAACGCCAUCAUGGAGCUGACGAUGUAGAGUCACAAUAUGAUUAAAUUCUAGUUGUAAGUCCGGUCGGCGGCGGUCCAGCCGCAUUGUUAUGAAAUCCAAAGCGACGGUAUUGAUACACGGGAUUGUAUAUAGGCUAUUUACUGAAAUAAACUAAUAUUACAUCUAA